AUGGCAUUCUUGAGUGGGUUGGCUGACACUGGAGCUAUUCCCACUAUGCCCAUAACCCCAGCUCCUGUUAGUCAUCCUAUUGCUACUGCAGCUCAGCUAGUAGAUGAGGUGCUAGGCACUUAUCUCUUCUUCAAACCAUUCAUGGGUCAAUUUCAUGCCCUGUUUUUGGAAAAGUAUGUGCCUCAUACUGUUAGGGACAGAAACAAGGAUGCAUUUACAACUCUUGAGCAGGAAGGGUUAUCAGUGGCUGCUUAUGAGGAAAAAUUUCAUAUAUUGUCCAGGAGUUUCAAUGAAGUCGCAAACUUUGUUAAGAAGGUUGAAGGUGUAAGAAAACAUGGGCAAGCUAAAUCUUUAGCUAAGAAGCCCAAGAGUAUAGGUAACUUCCAGGCAUCCUAUUUUAGAGGGUCAGUUAGGACAACUGAUAUGGCUUCAAAAGGAAUGUCAAUGCUCUCCAAAGGAAAGGAAAAAAUUGAUGUGAUGAUUAUCAAUCUCAAUUCACCUGACUUGCUUUCAUUUCAUCUUUUGGAUCAAGCUGUGGCCUUAGAUAUAGUUCCACUUUGUGUAUGUGAUAAACAUAAUACACACUUAGCAAAGAAAGCUUUUGAAAGUGGAGCUUAUCUAUACCUACAAAAGCCACUUCACCAAGAAGUUGCGAAGUACUUGUGGCAAUUUGUGUUUCGAAAAAAAAUACAAAAGGAAAAAGCUAGAGAAGGACUAGAAAAAAAUGGUGAUCACAAGCAUGUUGAUGAUAUUGAUAGCAAUAAUAUCCAUGAGACUUCAACUGAUGUUGUAUCUAAUGAAAAGUGCAAAUUGAGGAGUAAAAAAGAGAGAAAACUGAUUAAUGAAGAAAAGAGUCAGGUUAUUGUACCGAAGACUCGCAUUGAAUGGACUGAAGAUCUUCAUAAAAAAUUUGUGGAAGCUGUGAACCAACUUGAUGAAGGCAGAUGUUUUCCGACUGACAUUCUUGACUUAAUGUAUGAGCCUGAUCUUACUAGGUAUCAAAUAGCUAGUCAUCUCCAGAAAUGUCGUAACAAGACUUGGAGAGUUCCAAAGAAGAAAAAAUCUAUUUGUCACCCAUCAGGUCAAUUAGGAUUCUCAAGUGGUUCUACACAAAGAAUUAGUCUUGGAAAAUUUGGGACGAUGUCUCAUGUUAAAAUGAAUGUUACAAAUCUACAACAACAACAAUAUGACCCAAAAACCCAAAGAGGCCCAGAUAUUCCAUUUCUACCAAAUAGCAAUAUUUUUGCUAGAGGAGAGAGUUCAACUUUGCAAAAGGUCUAUCAACCACAACUUCAAGGUUAUCCCAAAUACCUCAACCCGUUCGAUAUUCCAUUUUUACCAUCAGUCGAAACUAACAAUGUUGCUGGGCAACAACGACAACAACAACAGGUCCCUUUAUCUGAAUUGUUGGGAUCACAAGGAUCAAAUAUUGGGAGCUCUUAUUAUAGACCUGAGCUACAGUUUAACAAUGAGAUCCAUCAUUCUCAAAAUGACUAUGCCUUGGAUGUAGCAACAUAUUCAAUAAUGCCGGAUACAAAUAUUGGAAAUGCGACAAUUAAUGGAUUGGGAGUAGCGAAUGUUAAUUUCCAGCAAUAUAAUGGUGAACCAAACAUGUCUCAACCCAACAAUAUUGUCACUACAUCACAUAAUUUUGAAUCUCCAAGCUUUAACCUAUUCAAUGAACAUGACAGUGAGUUUGAUCAAGUCUACUCUGAUGAUAUGGUGGCAUCAAGUGUCCAAUUUCCAGAUAUAAUAAAUUUUCCUGAUGAUUCUUCAAUAUGA